AUGAUAGUUCAACAAACACCACCCCACUCCACUCAUAGUAACAAUAACGAUAUGACAACAACCACUACAACAACCACAACUACUAUCAAAAAUGAUAUCAUGACCCUAUCAUCUUAUGCCGCCAUUAUAAAUGAAACAUUGCCCCACAAUCCUGAGCUUCAACUCAGUAUCCAUGAUCUCGUUCAUCCUACAGAGUCGGCAGAGUCAUUGCUAGAGACGCUCUCUAAUGAGCAAUUGAGCAUAAUUGAGCAGGCAGUCAGUAAAAUCAAAGAGCGUAAAAUGGGCAACAUUUCAAAUGAUGCAGCAAAUGAAAAUCAUCAAGUACAUCAAAGCACAUCUAGUACAACUGCGGAUAGCAACUCGACUCAAGAGGCAUGGAACACACGCUUGGUUGCCAAUGUGCUUGCUGAAGCAAUUUCAAAUCAAGAGAACCUCCAUCAUGCUCAGCAAUUACCACAAACUGAAUCGACAGACUCAAAUACACAGCCAUUGACGAUAGCUAACAAGACGAGCAAAGAUAAACCACCAACGCCUCCUCCACAACGCAAUGAGUCCAUCAACCAUCCUAACCCCAAAGCUACAACGGCCAAGCCACCCGUCACAUCCAAUGCUGCCCCUUCCACUUCACCCUUCUUAUCUAGCCAUGAGCCCACUACUGAAUUGAAGGAAGGUAUUGAAUGGGUUAGCUUUGUCUACUCUCAUCAUAGAACCUUGCGCAGAUAUUGCAUCAGAACAGAUCUCGAUAAAGUGGAUACAAGUAUACUGGAUGACAAGUUCAAGAAGGAGAAUUGUGUAUAUCCAAGAGCCAAUUUGCCUAGAGAAACUUAUCGUGGCAACAGAUGGUCUUACGAAACCGAAUGCAAUGUUUUGGGUUGGAAAUUAGCCUACCUCAAUUUAGAAGAAAUUGCUGGCAAAAGAGGUCUAAUUCAGCGUGCAGUCGAUUCCUAUCGCAACCGAUAUCCCAGUAUGCGAUCUCGUCGAGUGGCUAGACAGGAAAAGCUUUUAAAGGGCACUUUACGCAAACGCAAACAUCGUGAGACAACCGGCUCUACUGAGGACGAUGAACACAGCAACAAGACAGCUAAAAAUCAGCAUGAGCACAGUGAAAAAGCGCCCAAAACGAUCUUGAUUGAGGACUCUUCAUCGACAUCGAAAUGCCGUAUUCGUAUCAAUAUUGAAUCAGUCGUGUUAGAUGCUGUUGAUAUUGCGUUUCGUAAGAAUAAUUGCGUAUUCCCUAGAGCAAUGCAUAUCACAUCUGAGACGCCCUCUGUAUCGCAACGUCGAUUAGAUGAGGCUAAAUGUAACGAAAUCGGUUGGAAAUUAGCCUGGUUGAAUCCUCGUCAGCUUGCUAAUAAGAAGAACUUGUUACAAAAGGCCUUGGACACCUAUCGCAACCAAUUCACGCCCAACUUACGGCCUCGCAAGUACGCAUCUCGCAUCGCUCCUGCGCCCUAUGUUCCACCACCACCACCACCUCCUCCUCCUGCCACUUCAAAUACAGCGACAUCUCCACCUCCAGCGACAUCUGAAGAUACGGAAAUACCCCAGGAAGAGAUCAUUAUCAAACAAGAAUCAAAUACAGACACAUUGGCAAAUAACAACAAACAAACCAUUCCUUUAACCGCACAGGCAUUGGCAGAUCAACAAAAAGAACUACAAGAACUUGGACUGGCGGGCGCUAUAUCAUCACCACACAAGCGCCGUGAUUCUACCACGGGACAAUCUUGCUACUCUGGCACCACAGUAACCCUUGAUUUCCACGAUUUUUGCUUUUCACCACCACCUGAAGAAGAUAACGACAUGAUGGCGUCAUGCGAAGAAGAUACCACCACAACCACUACCAUGCAUGAUGUCUCUACUGCUGCCAACAGCCCUGUCUUUCCAACGACAACCAACAUGUUUGAGGACUUUAUACUAGCAUCAUUCCCACCAGUGGACUCAUCCAAAGACAUAUUGAUGCCAGAUCAACUCUUGAGCAACGGCAAUAAUAGUAGCGAUGAAAGCAACGGCUCAUCAUACCAAAACACUCCCAGUCCUGAAGCAUUGAUCACUCUCAGCGAACUUUACCAACAAGCCUUUUUGAUGGGUGCUGCAACAAACGCUGGAACCACAGAUGGACUCUUCCACCCUGACAACAACAAGGACAGCGCCCUGUUUAUGUUGGAUGAUGAGAACGCAAACCAUGUGGGUGGCAGUGUCAUAGAUCUGAUCGCAAAAUAUGGUAACGUCAAUGCCGGCGUGGACGAUUUUACCAACCCCUCUAGUUCAGUGGCUGAUCCAAGCUUACUGAAUCAAUUGUUUUAA